AGCCUCCAGACUGAAGUGGAGAAGCCUCCGGUGGAACCAUCUCCUAUUGUACCUGCUGCACAGAAAUCCACAAGCAAGCAUGUCAAUGUCGUCGAAAUUCAUAGCGAUGGAGAUGAAAGUGCUGUCGAGUCUUUGUUUGAUUUGUCUGGCAGCGAAAAAUCGUUGCCAUACGAGUCUCUGAUCACCAAAAGAUUUCCGAGAGACAUAUUUCUAGAGAAUUCCCCUUCAGUGGGACAAAAUGAAUCUGGCUCAUCGCCAGAAGUUUCUGCCAUGGGGACAGUGGAUGCGCAAGCGAGGGAAGAUGCUGACCAGAGUAUUUGGUCGACGGUAGCAAAGCCGCCAGUCAACCGCUCGCACAUGGACUUGACGGCUGAGACAGAUCUCGACCAGAGCGUCUGGUAA